CUUGUGGAAUGCUUGUGUGAACUGUGAAAUGUUCCACCACGACGCGGCUACUACCUGAUCACUUACUCAAUACAAUUAACUCUGGCACUUCAUCCACGAACUAACACAACCAUGAGUGUCCACGAUAAAGAGAAGUCCCCGGACCCUGGCGCCGAUUUCGCCAGCGGCGAGGUCUCUGACAAUGCCGACGCCCUCCACCGCCGACUCAACAACCGCCAGAUCCAGCUGAUUGCCAUCGGUGGCUCGAUCGGAACCGCCCUGUUUAUCAGCAUUGGCGGCGGGCUUGCUAGUGCCGGGCCCGGCAGCCUGUUCAUCGCUUACACCCUGUACAGCUGCGUGCUUGGCCUGGUCAACAACUGCCUCGCCGAGAUGACCACCCUCAUGCCAGUCAGCGGUGGCUUUAUCCGUCUUGCGGGGCUUUGGGUCGACGACGCCUUCGGCUUCAUGGCCGGCUGGAACUUCUUCUUCUACGAGGCUCUGCUCAUCCCCUUCGAGAUCACAGCCCUCAACCUGGUCAUGUCCUUCUGGAACCCAGCCGUCAUCAAUCCCGGUCCUACUGCCGCCGUCUGUGCCGCCUGUAUCAUCCUCUAUGGUUUCUUGAACAUUGUAGCUGUGCGCGGCUAUGGUGAAGCCGAGUUCUGGCUGUCGGGUGGAAAAGUCAUACUCAUCGUGAUGCUCUUCAUGUUCACCUUUGUUACCAUGGUCGGUGGCAACCCGCAGCAUGACGCCUACGGAUUCAGAUACUGGAAGGAUCCCGGUGCCUUCGCCGAGCGCCAUUCGACGGGAUCGCUCGGCCGAUUCGAGGGAUUCCUCUCCGCCUUGUGGUCCGCCUGCUUCACUGUCGUCGGUCCCGAGUACAUCUCCAUGGUCGCGGCAGAGGCCGUGCGACCGCGUAUUUACAUCAAGCAGGCCUUCAAGACGGUCUACUGGCGGUUCGGCAUGUUCUUUAUCCUCGGUGCCCUCUGCGUCGGUAUCGUGCUCCCCUACAACGACCCCACCCUCAACGCCAUCCUCUCGGGCUCGAAGGGAGGCGGAGGCACUGCCGCGGCGUCGCCGUACGUCAUCGCCAUGGAUAACCUCGGCAUCAAGAUCCUGCCGCAUAUCACCAAUGCGCUCAUGUUCACGUCCAUCUUCUCGGCCGGCAACACCUACACCUACUGCGCUAUCCGGUCGCUCUACAGCCUCGCGCUCGAGGGCCGGGCGCCGAGGUUCCUGGCGAAGUGCAACAAGCGUGGCGUGCCCAUCUACUGCUUCUGCGUCGUCAUGCUGUUCCCGUUCCUGUCGUUCCUGCAGGUCUCCAACAGCUCCUCGCAGGUGCUUACGUGGCUCAUCAACCUCAUCACGGCGGGCGGGCUCAUCGACUACAUCGUCAUGUGCGUCACCUACAUCUUCUUCUACCGCGCGUGCAUGGCGCAGGGCGUCGACCGCCGCACCUUCCCCUACCGGGGCCGGUUCCAGCCUUACUCGGCCUACAUCGCCCUCGCGGCCGAGUGCACCGUCGUGCUGUUCUACGGAUACAGCGCCUUCCAGCCGUGGAGCGUCGAGACUUUCUUCUCCUUCUACACCAUGGUCAUCGUGGCGCCCAUCCUGUUCUUUAGCUGGAAGCUCCUCAAGCGCACAAAGUUCGUCAAGCCACUCGAGGCCGACCUCGUCUACCAGAGGCCCAUCAUCGACGCCUACGAGGCGAACAUCGCCACCCCGCCCGUCGGCUUCUGGACCGAGAUGCUGGAACUCGUUGGGAUCAAGCACAAUCCCAAGAAGAGUGAUAGUGAAAGCCAAUAACGUCUUCUUUCUGUUGGACUCUUCCUUCUCUUUUGUUUCCGGUUUUAUACCAUUCUGGGCUUAUUUUCUUUUCCUUUCCUUGCCUCUAAGAUGUAUAUAUAUACAUAUACCAUGUGAUCGGAGUGACUGAGAUGGGUUAUCUAAUGAUUACGCAUCCAGGGGAGUUCUUUUCUGGAGCGUGCGGCGUAUGGGUUAUGCACAUAAGGGGGCAGAGAUAUCACUGUAUAUACCACUUCCGCGUGAACAGAAAAAAUAGCUUAGGUUUACUUGGGU